AUGACAUCUGCACAGUUUGCCUUCUAUCUGACAUGUUUGUUCUUGGGGGAAAUGGCUCAGACAAAUGACCUCACAUUCUCCUUGUCUGUUCAUCAAGAAAGACGUUUUAUCUUGGUUAACACUGGGGACAGUGUGACUGUGCAUUGUUUCUAUAAAAGUGAUGAUGUGCCAAAGUUUUUCUGGUAUAAGCUGAACUUGGGACAGAAACCAAAGCUCAUUUCUAGUCUUUACAAGUUUGAAACCAGUGCUACGUUUCAUGAUGAAUUCAAGAGUGAUCCACGGUUCACAGUUUAUACUGAAAAAGGAAAAAUCUCCUUAAAGAUCACAAAUGUGCACAUUUCAGACUCAGCUACUUACUACUGUGCAGCUUAUGGGUACACAUUAGAGUUUGGAGAGGGUACUAUCAUUGAAGUAAAAGGUUCAGGUUUAAACAUCCAAGCUUCAGUUCAGCACUCAGCCUCUGAGUCCAUCCAGCCAGGAGGCUCUGUGACUCUGAACUGUACAGUACACACUGCCACCUGUGAUGGAGAACACAGUGUUUACUGGUUCAAAGACAAAGGAGACUCUUUCCCAAGAAUCAUUUACACCCAUGGAGGCAGAAAUGAUCAGUGUGAGAGGAGAACCAACACACAAACACACACUUGUGUCCACAACUUGCCAAUGAAGAGCCUGAAUGUGUCUCAUGCUGGGACCUACUACUGUGCUGUUGCACAGGGAGGGAGUCGGCGUCUUCACCACCAGGGUGCCACUUAA